GAGAGAGAGAGAGAGAGAGAGAGAGAAUGGUGGAGGCAGGAACGGGGGGGACGACAUUAGAGUUCACGUCGACAUGGGUGGUGGCCGUAAUUUGUUGUGUGAUAGUGCUGAUUUCUUUCCUUGUUCACAGGUUUCUUCAAUGCGCCGGGCAGCUCUUGACCAGGCCAUACAAGGAACACCGGAGUCUCCGCAGGGGCAGGCGAAAGUAUCUCUUCAAUGCCUUACAGAAGAUUAAAGAAGAGUUGAUGCUGUUGGGGUUCAUAUCCUUGCUGCUAUCUGUGUUCCAGACGAGAAUCGGGAAGAUUUGCAUAUCGGAGAGACUUGCCAACGUCUGGCUUCCCUGCCACCUGCCUGCUUACUCUUCUUCCACCACCACUGCCCACUUCUCGACUGAUCCCAUCGCUUCUGAUGGACAUCGAGGACGCCGACUCCUCUCCGACACCACUGAUUACUGCAGUCAAAAGGGGAAGGUGCCAUUGUUAUCUCUCACAGCACUUCACCAUCUACAUAUCUUCAUAUUUGUGCUAGCUUCCUUUCACGUGAUCGUCUGUGUGGUCAUUAUUCUAUGUGGAGAAGCAAAGUUACACUAUUGGAGGCAGUGGGACAAAUCCAUCAUAGAGAACGAUCGUUACAUAAACGAAGAGGAUCGUCGCAGUAAGCUAAUCCAGCUUGCCAAAAAUGAUGGUCGGUUUUUCGAUGGAGGCAAAAGAUUAGCAGUAAUUGGCUGGUUGCAUAUACUUGGCAAACACUUUUUUCCAUCCGUGACUAAGUUGGAGUAUAUUGCGAUCCGCCUGAAUUGCAUCAAGGCCCAUAAUUUGAAAAAUCCCAACGACGAUUUUCAGGAGUACAUAAUCCGUGGCGUGCAAAAGGAUUUCGACAAAGUUGUUGGAAUCAGUUGGCAUCUGUGGUUCUUCGUGGUGUUUUUCUUGCUCCUGAAUGUUGCUGGAUGGAACACCUACUUUUGGAUCUCUUUCCUUCCAUUGACUCUUCUGCUAGUUGUCGGCGCAAAAUUGGAGCACGUAGUAACACAGAAAACAAAAAGGAUCACCGAGAAGUAUGAUUCAAGUGCAGGGGCAUCGAUAUCGACAGUUACCGCUGUUGAGUUUUCAGAUGACGAUUUCUGGUUCCAUAAGCCGCACCUCAUCCUUGACUUGAUUCACAUCAUGCUAUUCCAAAACUCUUUCGAACUUGCUUUUUUCUUCUUUAUAUUGUUCGAAUAUGAUUUUAACUCAUGCAUUAUGGGAGAGGUUGGCUAUGUCAUCCCGAGACUUGUCAUAGGAUUGUUCGUCCAGUUCGUGUGCAGCUAUAGGACACUGCCACUAUAUGCCAUUAUGAAAUCACAGAUGAGUCAGAAGCACGAUCACUCGAAAAAAGAGAGAGAAAUGAAGGUUGUGACUUGGAUUUGGGACUGGAUUGAGAGAGAUUCAGGGAAGGUUGCAUAUAGUAAUGAAUCAACCCAAGCGGGUUCAAGAGAGGGACUAGCGGCAAAUGAGCAGACAAAAGCUGGUGAAACUGAGUCAGAGAUGGAAGCAGACAUUGAAGCACAAGAUGGAACCAAGCCUGCAUGUACAUUAAAACCAGGAGAGCAGCGAUUGGUUUAGUCGUAUAAGUUCGGCUCCUUUUCUUUCCUUCCGUGGUACUAAGCCAACGAUGAGACCAUGAUUCAUCUUCAUCUUCUUCUGUCAAGUCGUCCAACUUUGAAUUACCAUUGUCAUUUAUUAGGGUUUCACAUGGGGCGAUAGUCCUGGAA